AUGGGAUGUUUUAUGGUGUUGAAGAGCAAGAAGAAGAAAUCUGAGCAGUUCAUGCAUAUUAGACAGGAUAACCCUCGGCAACAUACACCGACUAUGUUGCCUGAACCUCAAACCCGUACACGUUCUUUGCAAUCUGCACCCCCAAGUUUUAAAACGAGGGUCGAACCUGUUCAGUUAAAGAAUGGGGUAAACAGUAGUAGGAUACGAGCAUUAUCUGCCCCAUCAAGUCUUCAUGCUGCAGAACAAGAGGCACUCUUGUCCACUGAAUAUGAUUCUUUUUCGUCACGCCCUCAACCGCUUCCUCUUCCAUCACCACGGAAUACUGCUACUUUGAAGACUGCACCUAGCUUUAAAAUGGUGAGCACUAGUGGCCCUCUUAAUGCGUCUGGACCACUUCCUCUGCCUCCGACGUUGCCUGCUGCAUUGCCUACCAGAGGAGCCCUUAAUUUUUCGUAUGAAGAAAUUGCAUCUGCUUGCCACAACUUCUCUCCCGAGCGAUGUGUUUCUGAAGGACUUUCGUCAGUUAUAUAUCGAGCUUCAUUUGGGGAUGAUGCUCUUGGUUCAAACAAGGUUGAAGCCACUGUAACCCGCCUUCACCCCUCCACUCAGGGUUUAAAGGAAUUUGUGAACGAGGUGAAUACUCUAGCAUCCUUGCAACAUCCCUUCCUCUGUAAAUUGAUAGGCUUCCAUGCACGUGAGGGAUCAGACCGCAGAAUGUUGGUGUAUGAGAGGCUAUAUCAUGGAAGUUUAGACAGGCUUUUGUAUGGAAGAUCAAACGGGCCACCUAUUGACUGGAAUGGCAGAAUGAAAGUUGCUUUAUGUGCUGCUCAAGGUCUUACAUUCCUGCAUGAAGAAGGACCUUUCCAGGCAAUGUUCCAUGAAUUUUCAACUGCCAAUAUACAGAUCGAUAAGGAUUUUAGUGCCAAGCUUUCUGGAUAUGGUUGCAUUAGCCACAUACCGGAGACUGAUAUAUCCAACACUUCUGUUGCUCUAGGAAAUCUUUCAAUGGAGACCCUGGAGAGAGGGUUGCUAACACCUAAAAGCAAUGUAUGGAGUUUCGGGAUUGUACUUCUUGAACUGCUCACAGGCAGGAAAAAUCUUGACAGUCGACAUCCCAAGGAAGAGAGGAAUUUAGUCAAAUGGAGUCGGCCUUUCCUUGCUGACGACUCGAGACUGUCCCUGAUUAUGGAUCCUCAGCUUAAGGGCCGUUUCCCAGCCAAGGCAGCUCGGAUGGUGGCAGACAUUGCUCAGCAAUGUCUUCAAAUGGAUCCAUCGGAGAGGCCCACCAUGAGAAACCUUGUAAAGCAUCUGAAAACUAUACAAGACGUCAAGUAUACCUCUCGAUUUCCGCUGCAAGAGCCAGGAGCAGUUAGUGGAAAACAUAUGUAUAGAUCGCCCAGCCUUAAUGGGAUCAUUACCCCAGUUCCCAGGCAAAGUUUCUCUCCACCUCCAACAAACGGACCAUCUAUUUCUCUAAUAAGUCUGCCUUCACUGCCAUUAACUCUUCCUCCCCGAACAUGUUCUUCUACCCUCUCCUUAGAGAAAAUAGAUGGACAGGAAAGCCGGAGAUCAUCGUCAUCAACUGCUAGAAGAUCUAGUGUUGAAGGAUUUUGA